CCCAUUUCAGCUUUUGGAGAAGCUGGAACUAUAGAUACAGAAAACAUGAAUCAAAGAGACAGACCAUUCGUGACAAUUCAGAGAAAUGAUAGCUCAGAUAAUCUGGUAUUCCAUAUGAAAAAUGAGAUGAGAAGCACCAAGUACAAACCAGUAGACUAUCAACAAUUGCAUGCAUUAACUGAAGCAAAAAAAUUAGCUUCUGCCUCUGCAGAGCUAAAGAUCAGAAAAGCAAUGUUGACUUCAAAGAUAUCCAAAGAACAAACACUAGUAAAACAACACAAGCAAGUGUGGUGGCAGGAAUACCAGAGGCUGAAUGAAAUCAGAUGUAAAAUGGAAUCUGAAAUAAAAUCCCUUCUCAAUGAAGAGAACAUUGGAAAUGAAUGUCUUUGUGACCUUACACAUUUUGAGCAAGAGCUAUCAGAGCAAUGGCACACAUAUCUUAAAAAUGUGAUAAAUCCUGUUCAGCAGCUGAGAGCAGAUCUAAAAUACAGACAGCGUCACACUUUGCAGCAUUCACACCUACAUAUUGAGUUUAACUCCAUGAAAGUAUUGGAAGAGGUUGACUUUGUGAAGAAACAAUUGAAAGCUGCCUUUGAAAGACUUAGUCUGGAGCAACAGAGAAUAGAAAAUGAUCUUUCAGACUGGACUAUAAAGAUACUACAUCAUUCUUUGGAAGAAAAGGCUAACCGGCUUAGUGAACUGCCCAUUGAAUUAGAAAGUUUGGAAUGCCCAUACCCUGAUUUGAAAUCAGCAAUCCUUAGUGAGUUCUUUAAGUUUACACAGAAAUAUCAAAAGAAGCUUCAACACUUUGAUUUGCAAUUGGAAGACAUAUACAGAAACUGUCAACUAAGUGAAGAAGAACACUGGAUUUACCAGGCUAUUUUGGAUCAGUACCCUGGAUAUCUCUUUGGAAGAAGGACUCUGUAUCUGGACAUGUUACAAAGAUAUUUUCCUCACAAAUCUAGGCAUGAUUUGGUUGAACAUGAGAAAUAUUGUGACCGAUAUCGCUUUGCUAUGGAGCAGCGAAAGAUCCUGAUAGCAAAUUGGAAUAAAAAUAGGAAAGACUUUAUACAGAAGGCUAUGGUGACACUGAUUGAGGCUUGUACAACUCAUGAAAUGGAGAGUACAUUGGCUAAGGACAAGAAAAAGCAACAGGAAUUGUGUGCUGAUCUGAAAGCCAAGGUUCUUCAAUGGCGGGCCCACCAGGAAGAGGUAGCAAGACUGGAAAUGGAAAUUUCUGCCAGAAGAAGAGAAAAGGAAGAAGAGAAAGAGAAACUGUGGAAGAAGAAGGAAAUGUUGCAAAGAGCAGAGAAGCAAAAACAAAUUAAAAAAUACUGGGCUAAGAAACAACAGAAGUGGCAAGAAAUGGAAAUGAGAGAUCUUCAGCGCCUAGAAGAACUGAAGAAAUUAAUGGCUGAACAGUCACUAAAAGACAGAGAAAGGGUUAAAUAUAGACAAGAAUUGUUGGAAAAGCGUUUGAUGGAGAAAAAGGAGGCGGCCCUUCAAGAAGCUCAUGAAGACAAAGAGAGAGCACGGCGGCUAGAAGCCCUUAGGAAACAGGUUGCUGUUGUUGCUCAACUUGAUCCUGUUAGAAUGAUGUCACAUACAAUGGCAUCGAAAGCUAGGAUGGGCAUUGAAAUUGAAGAAGAAUUUAUUCUUCAAAAGCCACUCUUCACAUUGAAUACAUACAAUGAACAGCAGAUAAUUUCUGACCCUAGACUUCGCUUUGAGUUAGCGCUUCGAGAAGCUGGACUUCAUAGAACACUUUAUGCCAAAGAGAUAUUACCAAAAAUUAGUCCUCAAAAACCUCCAAGAAAAGACAUGGAGUCUACUGUAUUUAAAAUAUAGAGCUCAUCCUCAAAUUCUUUAGGUUGUCUGAAGCCUGUUUUCAAGAAGAUUCUUCAGGAAUUGGUCAUGGAAACAAUAUUUUCUGGGUCCUUGAAUGUUAAUAACAGAUGGAUGAUGGUCUUUAUAGUUGAAAAUAAAUUUUUCUGGUAUAAGAUACUUUAUUUACGUUUUUGUUUCUUAGCAUAAAAUGUCAAAGGGCUGGCUUUAAUAUGGUUUUCUUUACCUAAGAAUUACUUGAUCUUUUUGCCUGAUUAGAGUUUUUUCACUUUGUUUAUAAUAUAGUAGUUUUACUGAACUUUAUCUUUGUGUUUGUCAUUCUGGGUUAACAUACUUACUCAGUAAAUUAUAUUCCCUUUCACAAUAUAAAUUCGAUUUUAUUUCAGGAAUUUUAAAAAUUAUAAUUUUUAGUGUUUGUUGCGUUUCCUUAUUUUCCCCUGGGACUCUUAUUAUGCUAUUACACUAUGUUGGAUCUUCUUUGCCUAUAGUCUUUAUACGUCACUUUCUUUUGAAUUCUUUUAAUCUUUUUCUUCAUUUUUUACAAACUUUUAACUUAAAAAUAACUGUAUAGAAUAGCUGCAAGAAUAAAGCUGCUGCAACUUUAACCCAGAUUCUUCCCUCGUUAAGAUUUUGUUCAACUUUUAAAUUCCUUUUGUGUUCUCCUUUAAUUUGAUUCAUUUCUACAGCCUUUUUUGUCUUUCAUGACAUCCACUUUUUGUUUUGAUAAAUAUACAUAAUAUAAAAUUUACUAUUGUAACCAUUCUAAGCAUACAAUUAAGUGGCAUUAAGUACUUUCACAUUGUUUUGCAACCAUCACCCCUAUUUAUCUUCAGAACUUUUUCAUCAUCUCAAUCUGAAACGCUGAACCCAUUAACCAAAAACUGCCCACCUCUUCCCCUCAGCCUCUGAUAAGCACUAUUCUAAUUUUUUUCUCCACGAAUUUGUCUAUUCUAGGUACUUCAUAUAAACAGAAUCAUGUAAUACUUGUCCUUUUA